ACGUCAGUGAGAACAUACUAAUACAUACAGCACACAUAUGUAGUUCCGAUUUCAACUGACAUGUUGUAACGGCAGAUAUUUAUGUUAACACAAUUGUAUCCGGGGAAAGAAAAGUUCAUUUAUGAAAUUCGUGCCCAUCUGAGCAAUCUCAGUAAUAGACAAAUAUUGACUUGAUCGCCACGCGCCGACUCAUUACGUAUCGCCUAAGGGUGAGGAAUGCAUCUGUCAACGCCAGCAAUCAUUGUUUAUCGAGGAAAAUUAAGUUAGAUGGCCUGGGACGUAAUUAUAGAUCGCAUCGCUUAUCUUGGACAAGCUGCUCUGAUAACGCCGGUAAAUGACCCAGGUAGGAAGAUUACAGAGAAGCACAGCCAGUACAGUUGUUCUACACGUUAUAUGUCGAAACACCUGAGCCCUUGGUUGUGAACCCUCUCACCCCUCACCUUACUUACCGUCAGAGAUAAGACCAUUGUCUGGGAACACUGGGAACUGUCCCAUUGACUUGACAUGGGAUUGGUGAAGAUGAAAUCGCUUUCACCUUGCGCGUGACCCUGAUAAAUACCAAACAACAGGAAGUGCUCAAACCAUUAAUGAUGCGACAUAUAUAUACGACGUCUGUAUCCCAUUCCUGGAGUACAGAAGUACGGUGAAUAACUAGCAAGAAUUUUACAGGAAAAAAGUUGGUUCCUUUAGAGUUAUCGAGGGAUUCCUCAAUUGUCCGUGCAUAUUUCGCUUCGUCAUUGAACAUGAGUUUUGCAAACAUCGCCAAUAGGACGUGCGUACCCGGGGACCCGGUACAGCCCUCUCCACUGCUGCUAUCCAUGUUGAAAUAUGUCGAUGCCCCGCCGCUUCUCGUCAAGCCUACGUGGGAAAUAUCGUUAAAAAUACUGUUUUACGUUUUGUCGUUCGUGGUAGACGUGGUGGGCAAUGUUAUUGUGGUAAUCAUCAUUUACCUGAACAAACGGAUGAGGUCGACCACAAACAUCCUCAUUCUCAACCUGGCCGUCUCCGAUAUCAUGGUGGGGCUAUUCUGUAUGUGGGUACACCUCGGUAACCAGAUCAGUACUAACUGGCCAUUUGGGCCAUUCAUCUGCAAGGCUAGCACCUUCACACAGGUCUUUGCCGUAACCUCAAGUGUGCUCACAUUGACUAUCAUUUCAAUAGAACGGUUCUUUGCUAUAGUGUUCCCAUUAAGGGGUAAAAUGUCGGAGUGUGUUAUGGGGAUGUCCAUAGCGCUGUCGUGGCUUGUCUCGGCUGCCAUUGCAGCGCCACAACUGUUUGUGAGGAAAGUCAUCAGGUACGAAUUUAGGAACAGAGAUGAGGUUUUCUGUACCGAAAUUUGGCCAAAAUUUUACAAGAAUGCUGAUUGUGUGUCGCACGAGCCUGGAAAGAUGAUUUACUACACAGUAGAGGGCAUAGUGAUGUACGUCAUUCCUGUCGUCAUCAUGAUAGGAGCAUACAGCGUCAUCGCCCUCAAGCUGAUGCUGAGGAAGGCGCCUGGUAAUAGCAUGCGCUCAAACUCAUCUUCACAGGACAGGACGCGUAAAAAGGUAAUCAAGAUGUUGGUUGUCGUCCUGGUGGUGUUUGUGCUGUGCUGGACUCCGCAGCAAUACUUCCUUCUGUGGGAAGUAUUCAGGUCCCACAACACCAAGACGUCCAAGUAUGUGCCGACUAUUAAAUACAUAGCCGUGUACUUCGCCUACUUAAACAGUGCCAUCAACCCGAUUCUCUACGCUGGCUUCAAUGAGAACUUCCGACGUGGAUUUAAAGAGGCAUUCAAGUGUAGUCUGUGGCGUAAGAGGAACCAGGUGACUCCAGGUCCCGCAGAACGAUCUGUUGUUACCGCGUUUGAUGCAUCCAAGGCCGCAGAUAGCAGCGCAGGGGUAACUCUUAAUAGUCACGCUUAGAGAUGUCACGUGAGAGCAGUACAGGAGUUUCCACGAAGAAUCACGUGCAAUGUUCGCUUAGUGACAUCACUAAAAGUCACUCAUAGUUAACCUGAACAGACACAUUCUGUGACAUAAUGUACUGGGGGUAUUCAAAUAGAUAGCAACACACAUUUUCGGCACGUUAUACUUUUAAGUAUCUAUAAUGCUAUAUUGUAACACAUAUUGUCGUCACGUGAUACUUGAAGGUAUCUAUAAUGAUACAUUGUCACACCUAUUGUCGUCACGUGAUACUUGUAGGUAUCUAUAAUGAUACAUUGUCACACCUAUUGUCGUCACGUGAUACUUGUAGGUAUCUAUAAUGAUGCAUUGUAACACCUAUUGUCGUCACGUGAUACAUGUAGGUAUCUAUAAUGAUACAUUGUAACACCUAUUGUCGUCACGUGAUACUUGUAGGUAUCUAUAAUGAUACAUUGUUACACCUCUUGUCGUCACGUGAUACUUGUAGGUAUUUAUAAUGAUACAUUGUAACACCUAUUGUCGUCACGUGAUACUUGUAGGUAUCUAUAAUGAUACAUUGUUACACCUCUUGGCGUCACGUGAUACUUGUAGGUAUCUAUAAUGAUACAUUAUAACACCUAUUGUCGUCACGUGAUACAUGUAGGUAUCUAUAAUGAUACAUAGUCAGCCCUUUAUCGUACGCCGUUGUCUGUUUUAGUAUUGUAGCGUUAUUAUAUAUAACUGAGUUUUAGUACAUGUACCUAAUAUUAGAUCCCAUGACGUCAUUGUGUUGAAGUGCGGUCCUCAGAUAGACUAUUUUAAAAACAAGCAUGAUAAUCUAUAAAAUGUUUCCUUUAUUGAUGUGUACCUACUUGAUUACAAAACAAAAUUACCAAUAUUCGAAAAUCCCAUUCGGCACGGUACUCCAUGUCUCUGGGGUGGCAAAAGGGAGGCGAUCCUGGCAAUCUUGAUCACUAAAACAGUGAUACACUACUUUGGAUAACAUAUAUUUAGUGUAACAGCGCUGAUCACGUAGGGGAGUGUUGCAAAGUAAUGCAGCACAAUAUUUAGAUGAAUGAUGAUAUAAAUUAGUGUUUACUUGACUUACACUUUUCGGUAAGGAGGUAUGUAUAAAAAGUUGGAAAAUAGAAGAAUAAAUUAUUUUCAAAUAAAA